GAUGGAGAGGUCAAGACCUGCUCUCGUCGUGCUCAUGUGUGUUUUGUUGUUCAGUCAGAACAGAAUCUCUGGAGCAGAAGUGGAGAUGAAAGUCAGACCAGGAGACAACAUCACUCUCUACUGUGAUCGCCCUGCAACUCUUGGUUCUCUCUUUGUAUGGAUAAGAAACUGCUCUCAUGAAAAUCAACCCUCUCUCAUAAUAAGUGUAGUAAGUUUGGACCUGGGGACACUUCAGCGUUUCAGCUCUGACUACAACCGCUCCAGUAAUUCUUAUGAUCUACAUAUUACUAACAUCAGUGUCUCUGAUCUGGGACUGUAUUACUGUGCAGAAGUAGAGAAUAAAGCAUAUGAAGAUGGACGAGGCAGGGGCUACCAAUCUAAAGUGUGCUAUUAUGGAAACCGAACAACUCGUCUCUCUUUUGCAGAGGAAGUAACUUCAUGUUCUGGACUGAACAUCACCUCCACUCCUCGUGUAUCAGACUGUGUUCUCUGCUGGACGCUGCUGUUCAGUGUGUGUCCGGUGUGUGUUCUCCUCUCCUCGAUCUGUCUGUACUGCCUCUGUCAGAGGAAAAAUACAGAUGCUGCGACAGAUCAAAAAGACCAUUCAAGAGGUAGAAAUACCAUUGAGGGUGAGGAUGAAGAGGUGUGUUAUGCAUCAUUAGACGUGAAAACCGGGAGACAAAAACGCAAGACAAAGCGAGUGCAGAGUUCAGACUUCAGUACAUAUGCUCAGGUCAGAACAGACACGGAAUAGAACUAAAAUAGAACUGAGGUGCUUUCUGAAACUUUCCAAAUAUGAUAAAGGUCAUUAUCAUGUAACAUCACAUAAUAAUACAAGGUACUUUCAUUGCAUCUCAGUAUAAAAGAUAUGUAAUUCCAUACUUGCAUAUUUGGUCACACUUUACAUUAAGUGUCUUUAACUACUAGCCUAUGUACUAAAUUUAAAUUAAUAAUGUGAUUCAGUGUCCUUAUUGUGUAAACAUGUUUUUACAAGUACUUAAAUUGAAAAAUACCUCCAUGUAAAUACAGCUGUAUUUACAUCUAUAAUUACAAUUGAUCUUUCCGUUCCACCUUAACCAACCCUUAAACUUACCCAUACCAUGAAACCUAUCCCUAAACUUACCCGAAUCCCACCUCAACAGAAGCAAAAGUGUGUUUUUAUUUAUUUAAAUUUAUUUAUUUUUUAUGUAAGUACAUAGUACAAGUUAAACACACCUAAUAUAAAAAGUGACUGGAUACUUAAACUUUUGAUAACAUUGAUAACUUUUUGUUUGUUUGUUAAAUGAGCUGU